AUGGGUCGCGACUUCUACACAGGCACCUUUGACUACACCACAAUCCUCGUGGUCGUUACCACCGCACUCUCCUUCUACAAUUCGAUAGAGUUAACCAUCCUAAUCUUCACUACUUUCACCUCUUAUCGCGGUCUAUAUUUCUGGUCGCUUCUAAUCUCUACCUCCGGCCUCAUACCGUACUGUAUUGGCCUCGUGCUGCACUAUUUCCGCCUGGGCAACAACCUUGCAGGUCUGAUAAUCAACAACUAUGGCUGGUGCGCCUUCGUUACUGGACAAAGCGUUGUCCUUUACUCGAGACUGGGCAUCGUGUUGGGCAGAGGCAAUGAUCGGAUACUCAAAUCCGUCAAGUGGAUGAUCAUCAUCGAUGCAAUAUUAUUCCACGUCACCACAACCGUUCUGGAGUUUGUCGGGAAUUUCGCACAACCUGCUUCAUCCCGGCCUAGUUACCAAAGAGGAUAUGUGUACAUUGAGAAAAUCCAGAUGACCGGGUUCUGCGUCCAGGAAUUCAUCAUCUCAGGGCUCUAUGUUUGGAAGACACUUGAUAUCCUAAAGACACAAGAUAGUGUCCCUCGAUCCGGGUCCACGUCUUCAGACCAGAGUCCCAAAAAACAUGUACACCGCGUCAUGCUUCAGCUUGUCAUCAUCAAUGUGGUCAUCAUUGCACUGGAUAUCUUACUCCUCGUUGUUGAAUUUUACGAUCUCCACAUUGCCGAGAUCUCCAUAAAGCCAUUUGUCUACAGCGUCAAGCUUAAACUCGAAUUCGCCGUCUUGAGCAAAUUGGUUGAAACGUCUUCAAGUGUCAAUCAAAGGACGAGACGAAGUCUCAGUCUCACCGCAGAUCGAUCCGACCCACAUAUGGCCACCUUUGAUGGCCACCCACCUCUCCCGACCUUACAGAAUUCCACGGGCACAGACCUGGACUUCGCAAUAGAUCCAACCCGUAAAUCAGCCAACCUACAUCUGCGCACAACACUAUCAGCGACGUCCACAUCGGCCUCAUCUCGACCUCAAUGGAUGGAAGAUCUUGAGAAGUCGGACAUAUCAACUCACGUGGAGAUAGUUGGGAACGACAGCAACGCCGGGAGAAGUGAUACUCCCAAGGGACCCUUCUCGCAACAAAUGCAGCAGCAUGAGAUGGUUGAACCUGAUCAAUAUGACCCACCGAACCAUAGGAAGCUUAGGAAGGGUUCAGACUUAUUGUACGCGGAUGCGCUUCUCGCGCUGUCCAAGCGGAACGAGGGCGCUUGA